UUUUGUUUUGUUUGUUGUUGUUUUUGUGUGUGUGGGACAACAGCGACUCUCACGCACAACAACGCCCACACAUCUCUCACAUCUCUCACUUCACACUUCCCGACUGCUUCGUGUCCUGCUGCUUCGUGUCCUGCCCCCACACAGCACCCUUCUCGUCGCUUGCUUGUCCAGCCCUCUUGUUCCUCGCUGCCUCGCUGCUUGUCUGCGGUGUGUGCCACUCACGCACGCGCGCUUCGUCUGCGCCUCUUCUGCACGUUUACGCGUCUUCACACGCAGCCGAGCUUAAGCAAGGAAUCAUGGCCGGGUUGUCGUGCGAGCAGUCCUUCUUUCAUGGCUCACUGGGUCGUAGCAGGGCAGAAGCCCUGAUGACGUCGUCCCCCGACGACGGCACGUUCAUCAUCCGCACAAGCACCUCCACCCCGGGCAACUACGUGCUCUCGCUCGUCGCACAGCGCAACGUGCUUCACUUUCAAAUCCGCAACCAGGGCGAGUGCUGGUUCAGUAUCGACGACGGCCCACUCUUUGAAGGCUUGGAUGACUUGAUUGAGCACUACUCGCAUCUGCCGGAUGGCCUGCCCUGUGUCCUUGGCAAGCACCUGCCCGUCCGCCCACCAAGGCACGGGCUGAAGGAGAAGAACACGAAACUGCACGACGCAGCCGCGUCAGGCAACGCGGGCGCCGUCUCGAAAUAUUCUGGCGGCAAGGACACAAACGCCAAGAACGCACUUGGGCGCACGCCGCUGCACGAGAGCUGUCGAUGCGAUCACAUCGAGUGCACGCGUCGGCUGCUGUCGGGCCGCGGUACCCCAGACGUCAACGCCGCAGACUCUUUUGGGUGGACGCCGCUGCAUUUUGCUGCUGCCAACGGGAAUGCGAAGAUGAUCCGUGAGCUCAUCCAGCGCGGCGGUGACGUUAGGGCAAUCACCAUCGACGCGGAGACGCCGCGCCAGGUUGCUGCGCGUCUCGGCAACUCGGAGGCGUGCAGGAUCCUGUCGGACAUUGAGGACGGGCACUCGAUGGAGCGUGCUGCCGCGCUGCUUGAGCUGGUUUGGUACCACGGAAAGCUGACGCGCACCGCUGCCGAGAACAUCAUCUCCAUCUACGGUCUUGAGGACGGCCUCUUCCUCGUCAGGUUUUCGCCGUCGUCUGGAAACUUCAUCUUGACCACGUGCUUCGACCAGGCCAUGUUCCACUUCCAGAUUCAGUUCAACUCGCGCGACAGUCUCUACUUUAUUGACGACGGCCCGGGAUGCCACUCGCUUGCUGACCUGGUGCACUACUACAGCACCAAGGCGGACGGGCUGCCGUGCGUCCUCAGGAAAUAUUGCAAGCGAUCACAGAAGGGCCCUGGUCUGACGCAGGAUUCGAUGUCAGUUUAUGCCACGGGGAGCCUCGACUCGGCAGCGUCGUCAGCGCAGGAGCCGGUGCACUACGAGGCGCCACGCACACACGCGCGCGCAUCGGGACAGCAGCAGCAGGCGCGUGUUGGUGCGCACGACGCAAAGGACUACAACCACAUGCACGACCUUGACAGGGCAUUGUCGCAGCAAGCGCAGGUGUCCCGCGACGCCAUCAACAUCAUCCAGUACAGCGCGCUGCACCUUGGCAGCGAGCUUGGUGCUGGCGAGUUUGGAGCCGUGUACGGCGGGACGUGGAUGUGCAAGGACGGACGGCAGGUGAAGGUCGCCGUCAAGACCAUCAAGCCAGAACGCAUGGGCUCAAAGGACGACUUCUUGCGCGAGGCGCAGCUGAUGUCGACGCUGAAGCAUCCGAACAUUGUGCAGCUGCUUGGCAUUGUUGAGCAGCCAAACCUCAUGAUUGUCCAGGAACUCGUCCCAAACGGCUCCCUCGAGAGCUAUUUCCAAAAGCACAAGCGCGACAGCGUUUCGGAUUUCCAGCGCGUGCUCUGGGGAUCGCAGAUUGCAAACGGCAUGGCAUACCUCGAGAAAGUCAAGUGCCCCCAGAGGGGUCUUACACGGAGCCCCGGAUGUGGGUGA